AUGAGGCUAUCAGGUUCAUUGCCAACAGAAAGGUUUGAAGCUGAUCAAUACAAAGAGUUUUGGGAGGAGUUGAAAGUGCCGCUUGGGAUGGGACCCAAGUUAGAUGAACUGAAGGAAGCAUUAGCGUUCUGUCCGCUUUGGAGUUUUGAAAAGCGUAAGUGGUUGGGGCUGCUACUUUUUCAAGCCAUGGGAGUCUAUUGUUUGCAUCACAGUUCAAGGAUACCUUUUGAAAGUGCAAUAAGGGUAUUCGACGAUGAAGCCAUGGGGUCGUAUCCAUGGGGUCGGACUGCAUACGAACUUCUCAUUGACUCUAUUAAAACGUUGACUUCAGAAGGAGGGUCAUACACAAUAAGCGGCAUGACCGCCGCGUUAUUGAUUUGGGCGUAUGAAUCCGUCGCCUGCUUCGGUGAGAAUUUUGGGAGGGUGGUGAAUAAUGAAGACGUUCCGCUUUUGCGAUUGGGUGGAAAGCGUACACGUGCAAGUUUUGAUAACAUGUUGGCUGCCGAAAUCAAAGAGCAUGGCGAGGUGCGUGUGAGGAGAAUGGUUUUGCAGGACUCAAUUGAAGAGAUGUUUCCUAAAUGGCCGGGUGAACCUGACGACCCACAACUCGGUAAUGUGCAUGGGAAGGGGAAUGAGAAGAAGAAGAAAAUGAAGGGUGGAGUUUCGUCAGAAGCUGAGCCACCCACUAAGAAGCAGAGAAAGUUAAGACACACAAUGAGUCUAAAGUUGCUGCAGCGGGAAAGGGUUCUAGCGAGAAGGAAGUUUGACUCACGGUUGGAAGCUUACGAAUUAGACCAAAACAGACCAUUGAUGGACCAAAAGACCAUUGAUGACAGCGUGAAAUCUUUACUGGAGGAGCGUCUGAAAGUUCUGGGAGUUGGGAAAAUUCCCGAAAACAAUGAUAACCCCUUUCCACUAUCAGCAUAUAAAUCUUUAACGUUGGCAUCACCGCGGGUUCAAACGCAGCAGAACUCUGUCAAUAGUCCAGCGUUAGCUGCGACUCCUGGUAAGGUUUUUAGACCGAAAAAGAAUUUGGCGAAAGAGCUUGAUAAGGAAUCAGGGGUGAAAAGGACUUUGGCUGAGGAGUUUGGUAGUGUCGCUAAAGCUACUGAUCUUGAUAGUCAACAUGUUGAUUUCGUAUUAAUUUCUCCUUCAAAGGCUACUAAGGAUGAUAAGGAUGCUAAGGUUCCAGCCUAUGGACGCGGCUGCAGGGGAAAGCGUAUUGUUCAGGGUGAGGAAGCCGAUGAGAAGAAAAAAGCAGCGCAGGCAGAUGCUGCAUUUAAGAAGAAGGAGAAGGCUGAGGCUAAGAAAAAGCGGCUGAGGCUAAGAGAAAAGCGGCUGAGGCUAAGAAAAAAGAUGCUGAGGCUAAGAAAAAAGAGGAUGAAGCUAAGAAAAAAAGAGGCUGAGGGUAAGAAAACAGAGGCUGAGUUAAAGAAGAAACAAGGGGCUGAGCUAAAGAAGCAAAAACAUGCCGAGUCAAAGAACAAAGAGGUGACUCCAUCUGGAGAGGACAGUGUAUUUGCUGAUGUGACUGAUAAAGUUGUUGGGAAAGAGAACGAAUUUGCGCCAGAGUCUGAUGUCGAGAAUCAGGAAGUGAUUAUAUUUGCCGUAGUAAGGGAAUUAAGGGAGAAACGUUUUCAAUUAUCUCCAAAAGGGUUUGCAUUGACGGCAGUUUCUUCACCACUAGUUUUUCCGAACGUUGGAGACUAUGGAACGACGUGCAUGAGGAAGAAUGUUACUCCUUCAUCAGUAAUAUAUGACCCUCUAGGACCUGUUGAUCCGGUGCUAUUGGAAAAACUGAUGCAAAACAUUAAGGAAAUUUCACCCAAACCACCAGCACCAGCAGAUAAACCAACAGUCCUCUCCGCUGAUCAUGAGGGUGAUUUCUACCGCAUACUCAUCCAUGAAAGACUGUGGCCUGAAAAGGAAUAUGGAUGGGUGUUUGAUAAUAGACAUUUAUUCAAAUGGGCGGAUGAGUGUUUGGUUGAAGAGGUUGAGGAUAUAAAGUCACUGAUAAGUGGCAUGAACAAAGACAUCUCAGAAUUCAGACUUAACGUUGAUCGGUUGGAGAAAGAGAUUGAAGUAAUGAAGACGGUGUCUGAGGGAAAAGGAGAAGAAUGUAUGAGUAAGGGCGGUGUUUGA